UCGAUCCACCGGCUCCUCAAAUCCUUCCCCGGAACCCUAAUCCGUGCAGUCUCGACCGGCGGGCAGAUUGCCGUCUUCUUCCAAAUCUGCCGCAAGCCCUGCACCUGGAGCCUGUUCGCUCGUCGCUGCCGCGAACCCCACAAUCGAUCCUAGUUUGCAGGCCAUGGCAUCUGAUCCGCCCGAUGCGGAGCCCGUCGCCGCGACCAAGAGCUCGUCGAGCUUCGUGAUUGCCGCUCUCAAGCGGGAGAUGGAAGCGGGGAACGCGUCAGGCGCAGGGUGUACCGCUAUCCAUCGCCUAGCCGUGGCCCUGCAGGCAGCUCUGGUCGAUGCGGGCUUCCUCGCCGCAAACCCGCCGGGAUCUCGCCUCGGAUUGUUCAAGAACUCUGUCUCUGGUGCUUCGACAACACUGACCGCCAAAUACACCCUACCGGAGUUCGUUGCCAUGUUACCCGAGGCUGCUGAAGAGGGGAACAUAGUGGUGUUGAACUACUCAUUGCUGUCGAAUUUCGUGAUGAUAUACGCCUGUGUGCCCGGGGCGCAAUCAGCGGUGCACCGGCUCUGCCUGGAGUUGCCAAAGCUGGCGCCGCUGCUAUAUCUGGACAGCAACAAAGCAGUGGGUGCAGCUGAGGAGGAGGAGAUUCUUGAGCUCUGGAGGGUGCUGAAGGACGAGCUGUGCCUUCCGCUGAUGAUAUCUCUGUGCCAGCUGAACGGGCUGCCCUUGCCGCCGUGCUUGAUGGCAUUGCCGGAUGAACUGAAGGAUAAGGUUCUCGAGCUUCUUCCUGGGGUGGAUCUCGCGAAGGUUCAGUGCACGUGCAAGGAACUGAAGGAUCUUGCAGCAGAUAAUGAUCUUUGGGAGAGGAAGUUUGUGCUGGAGUUGAGUACGCUUGGUGAGGGUUCUAGAUGGGGCAGGAAUUGGAAGAAGUGGUUUGAGGUAGCUUGGACUCGGAAGAUGGCCAACAGUAGAAGGCAGCGCAAGAGACCCAGAACAAGUUCUAUGGACUAUGGCUGGGGGAACUUUCCUCCUAGUCCACUUUACGUCCUGGAAGUUGAUGAUCCUUUGGGCUUUCCAGAUUGCAGUGGAUUGUACAUGGACUAUGGCUGGGGGAACAGUCCUCCUAGCCUACCUAACUUCUUGACAAUUGAUGAUGAAAUGGACCGUCUUCACUGGGUGUAGCUUCGGAAAUCAGGGGCGGAACAUCUCACCCAGCUGCAAUUUUGGGGGUCAUCUUCAAGGUCUCCUUGAUUGAAGUUAUCAUAUGAGUUUCACUAGUAUCUUGAGUAUUUCAUAGGGAGAUACAUAGUCUGUCUUGUGCAUACUUAUAAGCUGCACAUGUGUAGUGCUCUUAUCCUUAUAAACUUCUUUUUAUAUCUUGUUAUGUCCUACGUUUUGUGCCAACUUCGUUUUGUUCCAUGCUCUGUUUCUAA